CAUUUUCAUCAUGAUGAGUAUUAGGGACAGAGUAGGAGAGGUUGGUGAUUUUAUAGAGCACAAUCAUCAGGCUGCUUGGGUGCUUUGUGUUUAUUUAUUUAGGUUUAUGUUAAAUGGAUUUGAUGUGAUUCUGAUUCUGGAAUUGGGUGUUGAGUACUGAAUUAUUUGCUUGAUAUAUUUGUGCUAGAGAUUUUCUCCAGCAGUGGAAUCUGAGGAAGAUUUGAAAAACUGAGAAAUCAUUAUUGUUCUCCAUUGGUAAAUUGGUCGGAGAUGUCAACUUAUGUGGGUAUUCACAUUACGGAUCAAUCGCUUCAAAGCCAGUUAAUGCAGAUUGAGCUCUGCAGUCUAGAAUCCAAAUUUGAAUUCAUUGAAGAAUCAGAAUGGUAAAGUUAUGGCUGGAGAUUUGCCACCUUUAAUGGUGAAAUUAAAGGCAUUCAUAGAAAUGUAUUCUGAGGAGGAGAUCAGAGGUAUCUUAAGUGGGUUGGAUUUUGACUUCAGUGACGAAGAUUGAUUUGAAUCCUUCCUUAAGCUCAAAGAACCUCUUCACAUCAAACCCGGCACCCUCUCGGCCUGUAUCACCUCCGAAAAAUCCUCGGCCAUGGCGGUGGAUGCAGCUAUUGAAACCCUGUCUCCUCCGUUUCACUCUCCUUCCCAUUUCAGCCCGCAGCGCAACUUCUACCUCGCCGUCGACAGACUCCAUCUCAUGAUGGAGCCGUUGAUGGACCUAUUGGGCCUGGCGGGUAGGCGUUCGGGGUUGCCCAUGGUGGUCUGCUGCAGCUCACGAGACGAGCUCGACGCCGUCUGCUCCGCCGUCGCCAAUGUCCCCUUUAUCUCUUUGGCUUCUCUGUACACUGACCUUGCUGAAGCAGACCGUUCUUUAAUAUUAGAGCAUUUUCAGCAAGCAACAAUGAGGUGGAACCCAGAAGUCAGUGCUCAACCAGCAGUUGAUAGUGAGUCUGUGAAAGAUGAACAAAAAUCUCAUAUGAUAGUUGCAACAGAUGCAUGCCUUCCGCUGCUUGCUUCUGGGGAGUCACCUAUAGCCGCUCGUGUUCUUAUAAAUUACGAGUUACCGACAAAGAAGGAAACAUAUACGAGGCGUAUGACAACUUUUUUGGCUGGAGAUGGGAUUGUAAUCAACAUGGUCGUUGGGGGUGAGGUCGUAACUCUCAAAAGUCUUGAAGAAAGUGGCAACCUGGUCAUAGCUGAGAUGCCCAUACAUAUUUCUGAGAUUUUAUGAAGAAAUAUAAUGUGCUAUGCUGGCAGACAUGUUAGAGAAAUGACUCCUUGUACUUGCUGCGGUGGUCGAGGCACUUGUGCGUGAUCUGAUCUGAGUGCCCUUUGAGUGGUUCCGAUGAUGUUGAAUUUAUACUGAUUUGUGAUUUUAGAUGAGACUUGGUUUUGUAUCACUUGCCUAGUGGAUUAUCGGCCUAAUAGAUAGAAGGAAAGACACUAGCUGGUUAGAAAAGCCCCGUGUAGCGUCCCUCUUUCGAGGCAUGGCUGGUUGCUUUUGAAAAAUCGGUAGAAUCAUAUCUUGUUUGAGGACUUCCAUUGGACGAGUACACUGCCGGUGUCUGUUACUGCAAUUAGGGUUUUCUCCGGCAGUUGACUGUGACAUCUAAAGUAUGAAGGAAAAUUUCAUGUA